AUGAGACUCCGCGAGAGCAUCCGUCUGCCGGACAGGCUCAACGAAGGCGCGCACCCCUACAAUACUACCCCAAGAAGAGUAUUACGUCGAACCACAAGGCCAUCUCGAAUUACAGCCAAUACUUUCAACCCCAAACUCCCUCCUGCAGCUUUUCCUACCUUGGAUCAGCCGCUCCCCCCGAAAUCGUUCACCAAUAAUGAAAACAACGAAGCAGUCAAACAUGACACUCGCAAGCGGUCCUACGCGUCCAUCAUCAAUGACAGUCAUGACGACCAUGUGUUCGAAUCGCGUGCGCCAACCAGAGUUGAUUUUGAAGAGUCGCCUACUGAGUCUAUUGACAACUUGAUCGCGAGCAACGGGGAGUUCAACUCAAUUUACGUCGAGAACAUGGCCCGGAUGGCCCAAGCAGGACUAGACACUACCAUGGCCUUUGAGAAAAGCAUGGAGGAUAGCGACACCGAAGCAGAGGUCGACGGACCUACCAUAGAGCCACUUGCUCCCUCUCAAUGGCGCAAUCUAUCACCGCCCAUGCAGGUCGAGAUAUUUGAGAACGUAGAAGCGAGCCGUCGUCGGCCCGCCGGAGUUCUUCUUGGUGUCUCAGAAGAGGAUAUCAAGGAAAUCGAGCGCAAUCGAGGGCUUCGCACAAAGCAGUUGGAGCAGGAAGACAAGCUACUGGAGGCAAUGCGUGCGAAGCAACUCAGAGCGAUUCUCCGAAUCAACCACGCCAACUGGCGCGCCAGUCAGAUUCAACCUAAUGUGGCAUGCAAAAUGAUUAUGCGUCGAUAUCUUCGUAAGAUUAGGAAGUCUACCAUCUCGGAAUAUUUGAUCUGCCCGACACAUGAAUUCCUGCGUGCUCGAAGAUUUCUGCUGAAACGUGAGGUGGAUGCGAGUCUCGCUGGCGACUGGGGGCCCGUUGCGACUAGCAUACAGCUCUCGGUGGAUGACCUUGAAUACAGAUCGAAAAAGACCGCUGUUCCUCAGCCUUCUCCUUCAGACAUUUCUGCCAUACUCUGCGCUGAUAACGCCGCGUCCCUAGAUCCGUCGUCACGGGCGGCCGACAGCAUCUCUGCUCAGGUGUCCUUGCUCAACCGUGUCGGUACGAAACGUCUACCCAAGCUGAAGGACAUCUUGUCAUGUCAAGGUCAAGUCAACGAACCCCCUAGAUGGCUAGUUCUCAGCCAUCGGGACACAAGCAAGAAUUACCAUCAUCCCAACUGGGAUAAUCAUAUCGAGACUCGCCUUAUCAAGGAGGAAAAGGAAGCCCAGAGAAGAAGCCCCGAGGGACGAUACAUACUACCCAAGCAAACCUUUGUGCAUUUUCCUCCAUUGGGAUGGAUUUUCUUCGACCGUCCUCGUCCAUUGUUCACUCAAUCAGGAGAGGGUGCUACCACAACGCCCGCUGAUCAUGAACACUAUCAGACACAUCUUAAUGCUCCGACGGUAACAUCCCAGACGGCUGCCGAUAGAAUCAAACCAAACGGUUCUGACCGCCUUACUGGGCUGAAACGAAUGACAUUCUCCAUGCGAAUUCGGCAGCAAAUCGAUGGAAUGAUGGCGGAAGCACACAGGCGAUUGUCAGAGGAAGCGACCGGAUAUGCCCAGCAAGCUGCUUUGAACGGGCCUAGCAGAUUGCUAGAUGAGAUCAUCUGGACCCCGCCUGCCAGUCCGUCUCGAGCGUCCUGCAUGACGCAUGUCAAGCAUUGGAAAGGUGGAGUUAAUGACUCUUCUGAGAGCGCAGCAAAUCCGAAAACAGCAGAUACGCAGACCGAGUCGUCCGAUAACACGUCGGCUGAGAUACCUAGUGCAGACACCCAGGCGUCCUCACAUCCCAUAUGCGAGCCAGAGCCCAGGUCAGAAGCAGAAGAGCAGGUAAAAAACGGCACGCUAAACUUGGACACCAGGUCUGAGAAUGAAUCCACCGGAAGUGCGGAUGAAUAUGAUGCUGUGGAUGACGAGAUGGUCCUCGUACAGGUCCCUGUCUGA